GUGUCCCGGGCGCUGUGCAUCCACACCGGCCGCGAGCUGCGCUGCAAGGUGUUUCCCAUUAAACACUACCAGGACAAAAUCCGGCCUUACAUCCAGCUGCCAUCACACAGAAACAUUACUGGCAUCGUGGAAGUGAUCCUCGGGGAAACCAAGGCCUAUGUCUUCUUUGAGAAGGACUUUGGGGACAUGCACUCCUAUGUGCGAAGCCGGAAGAGGCUGAGGGAAGAGGAGGCUGCCCGGCUCUUCAAGCAGAUCGUCUCUGCUGUUGCCCACUGCCAUCAGUCGGCCAUCGUGUUAGGGGACCUGAAGCUUAGGAAAUUCGUCUUCUCCACGGAGGAGAGAACCCAGCUCAGACUGGAAAGUCUAGAAGACACACACAUAAUCAAGGGAGAAGAUGAUGCUUUGUCAGACAAACACGGCUGCCCAGCCUACGUGAGCCCCGAGAUUCUCAACACCACAGGGACCUACUCUGGAAAGGCUGCGGAUGUUUGGAGCCUCGGGGUGAUGCUCUACACCCUUUUGGUUGGACGGUACCCCUUCCAUGACUCAGACCCCAGUGCCCUUUUCUCCAAAAUCCGACGUGGACAGUUCUGCAUUCCCGACCAUAUUUCCCCGAAAGCAAGGUGCCUCAUUCGAAGCCUCCUGAGACGGGAGCCUUUGGAGAGACUCACUGCUCCCGAGAUCUUACUCCAUCCCUGGUUUGAGUCUGUCUUGGAACCUGGAUAUGUCGACUCAGAAAUAGGAACUUCAGAUCAGAUUGUUCCAGAGUACCAGGAGGACAGUGACAUUAGUUCCUUCUUCUGCUAAUCCCAAAAACCUCAGAAACCUCAUAAUUCUCACACAUGGCAUUUCCAUUUCUAAAGAUGGACAGGCCUUUUGGCGUGGUGCCAACCAGAUAAAUGACUACGUCACAUUGUAGUGGCUGAACUCAACAUGGUGUCUCCUGUUGUUCGUGGAGAUGAGUGACUAUUGAUCUGAGCAGCAUACACUCUGAUUGGCUGCCCUGCAAACUUGUUUCCCUUCUUAAUGAACCCUUGGCAACUAUCCCUUUGUCAGAUUUGGGGGAUUCCACAUCUUUUAUAGGUGACAAAGAGUAUGGACGUACUACACCACGUGGUUAAGCAUAAUGAACUUGAACAUCGGAAUUGUAGAGGAAGCAAAUUUCACAAUGGCAUUUUGGGCAAUAACCGUAUUUUAACAAGGUGACAAAUAAUUUGGGCCAAUAAACCUGCCAUCUUUGAACUCCGUUUUGGUAGCUGGACUUGCUACCACAGCUUCUCUGAUCAGAAAAUUCUUUAUUUUGGUUUGUUUUAACACUCAUGUUUUCUUCACACUCACAUUUACCAAUGACUCUGCUCUGUUUUUGGAGCAGACUGUUUUAGGAACUCAGGAGCUUGCCUGAACCAUGAACCCAGACUCUCCUCCAUUUCCUGCCAAGACCUCCUAUGCACUAAUGCCUUCUCCUUGACCUUGAAACUUUCCCCUUUUAGUUGUAAAAGCACCUACCAGCUAACCGUGGAAGAGUAUCACAAAAGAUUUGAACUCAUGGCUAAUUCAGAACUCUGAGCUCAGACAGAGAGAUUUUUAAAAAUAAUUUGAGCACUUGGAAACUAUUAGCUUUUAGGUUCGCCCCAAAUAUGCUAGCACUUAUCUUUUAUUUUUUUUCCAAGACCAUCUCAGGGUGGGACAUUUUGUCUAGGAGGAGAAAGAUGAGGAGACUCCCUACCCCCGUCUCCCAACAGCAAAUGUUAAUCAUCUUUUUACUUUGAAGAAAGUGAAUUUUGGGUAGUCUUAGAAGAUUCUCAGGCUAACUUCCAGAAUUACACUCUAACCCCUCACGAGUAUGGACUGCCUGUAACAUUGUGUGUGUGUCUGCAGUUUUGCAUGAUGGGUGGUUCAUAUUUCAAAUGUGCUGUGGUUUAUGAACACAUCUGUGUAAUCGGCUUCUGGAGUGAAAUAGCAAGCCCCAAAUCUUUAAAGUUGGAAGGGACUUUAAAAAUCAUCCAGUCCAACCUCUUUGUUCUUUCUGCCACCUCCCAACACAGGGAACCCCCUUCAGCAGCUUGUUUUCUAAGUGAGAACCCAGCAUCUGUUUGAAUGCUUCCAGAGAUGGGAACUCACGCUCUACAAAAGACAGGCUUAAUGGAGAAACUUCAACUUGCAUUAAAAAAACAAUUACAGAUGAAAUAUCAGUAACUGUCAUGGACAGUACUGAAAUCAGGUGGUUAAACGGGUAAACAAAACAUACUGCAUUCUGAGAAAUCACACAAAAAUGGGCAGUCAUCUUCAAGGGCUACGCCUAGGCAAACUGCUAACAUGCAUUGUGAGAAUGCUGUGUAUACCUCACGUACUGUGUACUUUGUACAUAUAUUUUACCUUUUAUACAGAUGUCUGAUUUUUUUUUGUCGUUUUGGCUCUGAGGCUUGUUUUGUUGUCUGUGUCUGUCUGAAUAACCUGCGUGUCUAAGACCACGUGAAAUGUGAAUGAUUAUUGGCAAUAUUACCUUGACAGAAUCAUGGGACUUGGAAAGGAGGGGGGGACAGAGAUCUCUGUCGCACUAACGCUGUCGUGGUUGCUCGACUGUUGUAUCUGUGAUACGUGAUCCGGCUAAGGACUCUGGGCUGGCAGGGGCUGCUGCCAGGAAAGCUAGAAACACUAGAUCCUUCCUGUACAUGUGUACAUAUGUGAACAGUGAGACGGCUGUUUCUGACUUGUAGAGAAAUUUUAAUAAAUCUGGUUUCAUAAAUAGG